GGUAAGACUCUAAAUUAUGGCAGAUGAGAGAGGUUUAGGCCUGGUUUAACCUCCCUACAGGAUUCCAGAGCUUAAUAUUUUCUGAGAAUUCGAGCCUGACUGAUUAUUUACUAAUUUCCCUCUUUUAUAUAAAAUUACUAAGGGAUUUGUUCCUACAUGCGGCUUAUUUAAAGGUAAUGGAGAUAAUAAUAUUAAUUACCUCUGAAAAAUUAGGUGCUUACCAAUAUUUCCUAAAGCUCCAUAUGAGAUUAUUUCACAUAUUUUUGAUAAAAUUUAGGCAAAUUUGUACUUUGAGUGAGAUUUUGGAGUUGGGUCAACUUUUAGCAAACUUUUAGCUUUUGAAAAGCAUCUCUGGAGUCCUCCAGAAGUGAGUGAAUGAAACCGAAUCCUUGCUCCAGCACUAAGCAUGACAGAUAACAAAAAUAGGCAUAGUCAUUACUUAGAGGAGAAGGAAGGAGAAACCAAAAUGUCUCUCUUCUCAGGUCAGAAAAGAAAAAAGAAAGUGGUUGGCCGCUGGUCGAGCGAAGAACACAGCAUCUUUGUGAAUUGCUUGAAGAUACAUGGUAAAGAUUGGGACAAACUCGAGGAAAUGAUUCCUUCCAGGUCAAGCGUGCAGAUCAGGUCUCAUCUUCAAAAGUAUUUUGAUCGUAUUAAGAAAGAGUUUAAGACAGAGAACCCAAUGGAAUUCAUCAAGAAGGAUCUAUGAGAUGAUUCUCUUGUUUAUAAGUUUGAUAGGGAAAGGGUCAAUCAGACUCUUGGUACCCAUAAAAUUCAGAACUUAAAGAAAUUACCUGAAGUGAAGCACCUCUCAAGUCCUAAGAAUGCACUUCAGAAUACUCAAAGUGUGCCAUUCCAAAGUGAUGAGCUUGCUAAUUCUAGUAAAAAGGAAGAGGAAAAGAGUCAGAAAUAAGAGAAUCUUGAAGGAAAACAGCAAGAAGGUGCCUAAAUCCAGCUCCUCUAGUGGGAGUAAUCUCCACCAGAAAGAAAGCAGUUCAGAGUAUUCCUCAGUGAAACUAUUUAAGAUAGAGAAAGUGGCCAGGGUUGGCACUGAGUCUUUCUCAAAUCCUGACAGUCAGAAAAUCAACCCUAAUGAGGAUGAAGCUGGGAGGAAGAGGAUUAUUACAGAUUUUAGCAGUAGUCUUGGCGUCAAGAGGGGUUGCACCCUUGUUGUCCUCAACAGAGGUGAGAUAAUUCUUCAAGGAAACCAGAUCGAAACUUCUGUUCCUUGCAAAGUUGAUAAGUUGAAGAACACAGUCACAGCAAUUGUUCCGACUAAGAAAGUGAGAAUUAUUAUUGAGGAAUUAGACCCCUCAAGUUUACAGGAAUCUUCAAAUGAGAAAAAGGAACCUUCAAGUAAAGCAUUGAGAAGGAUUAAGGUAUCUUCCACUUUCUCUAAAUCUCAGAGUACUGUAAAGAAGGAGGAGGAUACUCUCCAAGUGGAUGACAAGACCAUAGGAUUCGAUUCUAGCAUCUUGAAUGUACUUUCUAAGUACUGCAUAUGAAUGAUAUAAAUCUGAGACUAAAAUUACUCAGGAGUUAAUUUCAAAAGAUCAGCUUUAUUUAACACAUU